CCUCAGCUCUCCCCUUCCCCAUCUUCCCCAUAGUUUUCAGAUUAUCCCCGGCGAUAGGCAGCAGGCGUGGAUGCUGGGAAGGAAAUCUGCCUCAGAAGGGCAGGAGGCGAGUUUGCUGUGAAUGAGCCUGCCGGAGCGUGCCGCGCUUGCGCACGUUGACUCAGGCCUGGCCGGGACUGUCAGUCACCAGGAUGCAGGGUGUCGUGGACACCGGGGGGCCCCAGCCGUCUCUCUAGCCACUGUCGGAAGUGCACAGUCGUCUCCGUCUGUGCCCCCGUUUCUUCCUCAACACUUUGGUACCUAUCGAAGAGCGAGCUGGUGUUUCCUGCAAGGCUCAAGACAGCGGGCGCGCGGCACCAGCUCUUAGCUAUUAUUUUGCUCUUAGUGCUGUCCAGAUUUCGAGGAUGCGCUCCAGUCCCUGGAAGCUCCAGUGAUCCACAGAUGAAGCUCCAGUGACCCACAGAUGGUCUUAGAGCUCCUGCUGUAGGAUCCCUGGCCCCAGCCUGACCACACCUGACCCCUCUUACCAUAUUCUUGAUGCUUGGGUUUUUCUGUCGUUAUUUGAUGGGAUGUUAAAGAAUGCCCAUUCCAAAGAUAUUAAAUCCAUUUUAGAAUGUUCAAAGGGUGAUGUGUAUGAAUUCGUGAUUACUACCCUAAAUACAUGCACUGUUCAGAGUCAAAUGAAGGUUAGCAUGUGGGCUGUUAACAUCAGUGCCAGCAAGAGUAGUCUCAUCAAUAGUUAACCCGAGUUUGGUGUUUGUUAUGCACAACCCCAGUAAAACUCAUUGGGUCACCAUGUUGGACUUAUUCGGCAAUCAUUGGUUCUCUGUCUGAAACGUAUAGAUGUUUAUUUGGUCAUGUCUCCCCAUGAAUAUUGUCACACAAUUAUUGGGGUUACUAACAGGAAUAUGGCUGAGGGGUUACUCAUAGAAGCAGAAAUGACUCAAAGGCAGCUGCAUCACCAAAGCCCCCUCCAGCAUGGUGCCAGCUCACAAAACUGGAACCUGGAGCACACUGCAGUCUGCAGGCUCGUCACCCAGGUGCUUCAGUUGUUCUGAAUCUCUGUCGGUUCAGCUGGUCUCUGCUUUUGGGACUUCUGUGGGUGUGAGCAUCUUCUAGGCAGCUUAGCUUGCUGAGAUGUCACUCAGUAUUCCUUACUGCUUAAAAAUGUCUGGGGAGGGAAAGGUCUAGUGAACCUGGUCAGUGUCUGAGACUUCAUGAAGCUUUGGAGUUGUUCACUUCCUGAAUUUUAUUGAGUUUCCUAGUAUGAUGGAAUGUUUUAUCUCCCCAUAGAACACCCUCCAUCUAAGGAGGGUCCCUGCAGAAUGGGAAGUCUAUCUUUGAAGACUUUGCUAUAUAACAUGCUUAUAAUGCAGUUCUUUAUUGGGGGGAUUUUAGGUAGGGGCUCUACCACUGAGCCGCACCCCAGCCCCUCACUGGGGAUUCUAGGUAGGGACUCUGUCACCUAGGAUGCUCAAUUUUCUCACUGGGGUUAGAGUGCAAGGACAGUUCUGUGGUGACUCUUCUGGACACUCAUGGGGACAGAGGUUUGCUUUCUUACAGUUGCUGUCCACCGCUGGCGCACAGAAUCCCAGCAGCCCUUAACACUGAAUGCCAACACUCUAGCAGCCCUCUUGCAGAAGGCAGAUCUGAAAUGUAGAAGCUCAGUGAACAUAGUUAUGGUUACUUCAUGAGAACACACAUUAGCACCACACACCUUCGAAAGAAUGACUUACAGUUAUUAGUGUGUGUGUAAUGAAAGAAGCUCAUGUCAGAGAACAGCCUGUGGGAACCAGUUCUCUCCUUCCAUGUGGGUCCUGAGGAUUAAUCUCAGGUCUUCAGGCUUGGCAGCAAGCACCCUUACCUGCUGAACCAUCACAGCCCAGCACCAACCUCUGAACACAGGAAAUUUGUCCUUGAUGCUGCUGGGAGCCAACACCCUUCUUGGCCACGUUUCCCAGGAUGGGAGUGAACGUCUGGGGAUGCCCAGUAUGAAGUCUGCACCAUUUCCUGGAAAAAAGGAGGAGAAAAUGGCCCAAUUGCAGGAGAUGGUGACGUUCAGGGAUGUGGCUGUGGUCUUCAGCGAGGAGGAGCUGGGGCUGCUGGACGCUGCCCAGAGGAAGUUGUACCGUGAUGUGAUGCUGGAGACCUUCAGGAUGCUACUCUCAGUGGCACACCAGCCGUUCACACCGGGAUUGAUAGCCCAGCUGCAGAAUGAAGAGGAGCUUUGCAUGGUGGAGGCCCAAGGAGGUGAGAUCUCAGGAAGCCAGUGUGGACGUGCUGUGGAGAAUGAUGAAGACAUGGAGUUAAGCUCCCUUUGUCCCAGAGAGCUCGCCUCCUGUGAGACCUGGCCACAGGGUGCAGGCUUGUUACCCAGGGAUCAGGAUUCCAUGAAAAGAUGUCUAAAGAGCAACACUGAGUCUCAGAACCAGGGAGAUUCCUCCUUCCUGGUGUGCGCAGGGAGGCUGCUUCAGAUUUCUGAGGAUGGGAACUAUGUGUUGCCUCCUGCAGAUGAUGACUCUGCCUCUAUGAGGAGUCAAGAGUUUCCUUCCCUGAGAGCCCAGCAGUCUUGGCGGGAAUCACAUCUCAGUGGGUCGUGUAAUUACCAAUGGAAAGGUCAGCAAAUGCCCAUGAGAAAUCAUUUCCGUGGAUGUCACAGCGUCAGUUGGUUCUCAUACCACAGUGACAAUGAGGGGUUACACAGAAAGGGGCAAAGCUAUAGUUUCCAUGACCUCAGAGAAGAGACCAUGAAGGUAUCGUCACUCAAGCAGGACUUGAUUAAAUUAGGGCCGGUGCCCUGCCCAUGUAGUGAGUAUAGAAAAGCCUGUGGCCAUGGUGACGGCAAUGAGCCCGGCUCUCACACACAUCAGCAGUUCAACUCAAGAGGGAAGCCCUGUCCAUGCAGUCCACAUGGAGAGGGCUGUCAGGACAGGUCAGCUCUUCACAUCCAUCGGAGUGUGGAAACAGGAGAUGAAGGUACGGCUGAGAGUUCUCUUCUGUGGUCCCCUCUGAGAGUGUGUGCAGAGCAAAUGCUCUGCCAGGGCAGUGAGAACGCCCACCAUGCCUCCCCUCUCAGCACUUGUGGAUGUGCCCACCCGGGCGACACCUCCCAGAAGAGCGGCAUCCCUGAGAAAGCUUUGCCUUGUUUACACUGUAAUAGUAAUUUUAGGGUCCACACUAGGGAAGAGUCCAACAAGUAUGAGGAGAAUGGGAAUGUUUCUAGUCAGAGUUUAUAUCUUCAAGCUAGUCAGGAAAUCCACGCUGAAGAGAAACUAUAUCCAGGUGUGGAGUGUAGAAAAGAUUUCACACAUUGCUCAAAUUUUAACACUGAGCACAGAGUUCACGUGGAAGAGACUAUGUAUAACUCUGAGUGUGGUGACCACUUCAGUCUGCCCCCAAAUUUCCAGGACUUUUCAGCAGUGUACCCCAGGGAACAACCACAUAAACAUGCAUGCAGUACAAACUUCAAUCAAAAAUUGUGUAUUCCAAGCCAUCAACAACUUGACGUCAUUGAGAAACCUACUUAUAAAGAGGGUGGGAAUGGCUCUAACUGGAGUUCCAGCCCCCAAGAGCAGCAGAAACCUAAGCCACACAAAUGCGACACCUGUGGGAAAUGCUUCAGUGACAGAUGGGUUCUUACCAUUCACCAGAGAGUCCACACAGGAGAGAAACCAUAUCAAUGUAAGGAGUGUGGGAAGUGCUUCAGCCAGAGUGCCUACCUACACUCCCACCGGAGAGUUCACACUGGAGAGAAACCGUACAAGUGUGAGGAAUGUGGGAAGGCCUUCAGUCGGAGUUUCUACCUGCAAGGCCACCAGAGAAGUCAUACUGGGGAGAAACCAUACAAGUGUGAGGAGUGUGGGAAGAGCUUCAGUCGAAAUUCCUACCUACAAGACCACCAGAAACUUCACACUGGAGAGAAACCAUACAAGUGUGAGCAGUGUGGGAAGGGCUUCAAUCGAAGUUCAAACCUUCAAAGUCACCGGAGAAUUCAUACUGGAGAGAAACCUUACAAGUGUGAGGAGUGUGGGAAGGGCUUCAGAUGGAACUGUAAUCUUCAAAUUCAUCAGCGGGUUCACACAGGAGAAAAACCCUAUAAAUGUGGAAAAUGUGGCAAAGGCUUCAGAUGGAACUGUAAUCUUCAAAUUCAUGAGCGGGUUCACACAGGAGAAAAACCCUAUAAAUGUGGAAAAUGUGGCAAAGGCUUUAGUAUCGCCUCAAGUCUCCUGGUCCACGAGAGAGUCCACAUGGGAGAGAAGCCUUACCAGUGUCUCGAGUGUGGGAAGGCGUACAAUAGGUGUUACAAUCUCCAGAUACAUCAGAGAAUCCACACUGGGGAGAAGCCAUUUAAAUGUGAGGUGUGUGGGAAAGGUUUCACCCAGAAGUCAAAUCUUCAAUCUCAUCAGCUUGUCCAUACGGGAAGGAAACACUACAAGUGUGACACAUGUGGUAAGGGAUUCAGUAGGAAUUCAGGUCUUCUGAUGCAUCAAAAAGUCCAUAGCAGUGAUAGUUUCUAUAGGAGGGAAGAGUAUAGAAAUGGUUCCCAUCCUUCUGAGAACCUGUGCAGAGAUGAAGGCCUGUCAAAUACUGUUCUGUUUUGUUAAUGAAAAGUAGUGUUUGUACCCAACAUGAAUGCCAGUGGUUGUUGGGAAGCAACUCAGAAAAGAGAUCCAUCAAGUGUUUGCCAACAUCUCAACAAGCUCUUGUAGAGGAUCAAGAACUUCUCAUGAAUGUAAGCAGGAAUUAGCAAAAGUUUGAUUAUAGGUGAAAGUUUCAUUUCUCAGAGCCAAUUGGUCCCAAAUAUCUGGGCCCAGAAUCUGCUUCCUAAAUUACCAUGCAGAAACUUAUUACUUAGAAAUCUCGAUUAAUAACUCAGGCUUAUUAUUAACUAUCUCUUCAAGUUUACGUUAACUGAUAUUCCUUAAUUAUGCAUUGGCAUGUCGUGGUCCCUGUUCUCAA